AUGCAGCCGCCGCUCGGCAAGAAGACGAAAGGGCGGCAGCGCAGAGAGAACCGGCUGGUGGAGGACAGGGAGUCCCGGCAGGUGACCUUCUCCAAGCGAAAGUCCGGGCUCUGGAAGAAGGCCUCCGAGCUCGCCGUGCUCUGCCGCGCCAGCCUCGCCGUCGUCGUGUUUUCCGAGGCCGGCAAAGGGUUCGCGUUCGGCAGCCCCUCCACCGACGCCGUCUUGGGCUACGCCGGCUACGGCGAAGCCAAUGUCCCUGCUGCCGCGGACGACGUGGAGUGGGAGGCCCUGGAGGCGCUGUGCCAGGAGACGGAGAAGAACGGCCUGGAGGUGGCCGCGGAGGCCGCGCGGAUGAGCGCCGUCGGGAAGAAGGUGGUGGACGUGCAGACGCAGGAGGGGAAGCGGUUCUGGUGGGAGGCGGACGUGGAGGCGCUCGGGGAGGCCGAGCUGCCGGAGUUCGCCAGGGCGCUCCAGCGCCUCAGGGACAACGUGCGCCGCCGCGCCGACAGUCUGAUGUCCGUCCUACCGCCGCCGUAG